AUGCCGGCGCCUAUAUCUCGAUUAUCCGUUGCGCUAGACCCAACGGUAUAUUAUUUGCUAGGACAGUUGGAGUACUAUCUGAGCCCACAGAAUCUGGCACAAGACUUCUUUUUGAGGCAACAGGCAUGUUCUCAGCAUCUUUUUUUCAUGGACUCUCAUGGUUGGGUGCCCAUUCCAUUAAUUGCCUCCUUCAACCGCGUCCGUCAAAUUACGAACGAUGAAUCCUUCGUUCGCGACGUCUUGAACAUGUCAAGCGUCGUCGAAGUACAAGGGGACAUGGUUCGUAUGAAGGAAGGGGAAUGGGAGCGAUUUGUUCUUCCCGAUGCGCAGACCAGCCGCGUCGAUUCUAUACACGAAUUUCCGUUAACACCCUCUUCCGAUGAAAUUGAUGAGGAAGAAGAGGAAGAGGAAGAGGAAGAGGAAGUCGUCUUCGUUAUGGGGUAUGAUCCAGUGUGA